UUACCACCUUUGAACACCACAUCAAAUAAGAAAGCGCCAGGGUUUCCCUUCUUCCUUUUCCAAUUACUAAUCCAGCAAAAACUUUCAUUCUUCGCUACUCGCUCUUGUCCCCCCCAAAGUCAAACCAUUUGUGUAUCUCAACCAUGAAGACCUUCAACCUGGACUCCGAAACCAACUCCAAGAUCGUUGCCUCCAAAGACCUCAAGUACACGCUCGCGUACUUUGGCAUACACUUUGCCGGCGCAAGCGCCCGCGGGAUCCUUGCCUAUGCCGGCGCCGACUGGACACCUGUCUACCCGAACUGGGGUUCCGAGAAAUCGGCCCAGCCCUUCGAGGUCAUUCCCGUACUGACGAUCAUAGACCUCAAGAAUGACGGGCAUGAGCUGGUCCUGGCCGAGAAUGUCGCGAUCGACAUCUUUUUGGCGAAGCAGUUUGGACUCCAUGGAAGCAAUGCCUGGGAGGAGGCGUUGAUCAAUGCAUUUUAUUCAAACUCGAACACGAUGUUCUUUCAGGAGAUCAUGAACAAUUUCUUUUGGGAGUCCUCUGGGAAGGAUGAGGAGGAAAAGGCAAAGUAUUUGGAGACGUUCUUGAACGAUGCAUUGACCACCUGGGGGAGGAUUCAUGAGGCGCAUUUGGAGAACAAUCAUGGGAAUGGACAUUAUGUUGGCAACCGAACGACUCUGGCGGACAUCAGGACCACGACGAUGCUGGACGCGCUCGAAAAGAUCAUCGGCAAGGACCGCGUCGCGACCAUCAUCAACGAGACCAAGACCCCAAAUGUCAUCAAGGUCCGCGAGAAUGUCGAAGCCAAGCCCAGCUACCAGACCUGGAUUACCUCGGAAGAGUACCAGAAGCUCGAUGUCAAGUCCACCGCCCUCGUCAAGGAGCAUCAUCCCGAGUUGGUCGAUUCCAAACCCUGAAGCCCUCUCUCCUUCGAUUCACAUCGACCUGCAAUUUGAUUAAGCACAGAAUAAACAGGGAAAAGACUAAAUCUUUUAGUUGUUCU